UCAGGGAAGGACUAACACAGGUGUGUUGCAACUUGGUAGACGGCUAGGGCUAGAUUAUGAGCUCAUUUGAUCCGCAGACACACUCUCCUCCACGGUGCAGCCCACAAUUUCCAAAUAUUGGCCAGGAACCUCCCGAGAUGAACUUCUACUAUGAGAACUUCUUCCAUCCACAGAAUAUUCCUAGCCCACAACGACCUACAAACUUUGAGGCUGCGGACUACAAUACCACUCCCAACCCAUACCUCUGGCUAAACGGACCCUCCAUUACACCGCCACCAUACCUCCCAGGAUCCAAUGGCAAUCCCUUCAUCCCUCAGUCCUAUGGGAUGCAAAGGCAGCUCUUGCCAAACAUGCAUGGUUUGGGGGGGACUGACUUGGGCUGGCUUCCUCUCCCUUCCCAAGAGGAGCUGAUGAAGUUGGUCAGACCACCCUACUCCUACUCUGCUCUUAUUGCCAUGGCCAUUCACGGAGCUCCUGAAAAAAGACUGACACUCAGCCAGAUCUACCAGUAUGUGGCCGACAACUUCCCCUUCUAUAAUAAAAGCAAAGCAGGCUGGCAGAACUCCAUACGGCACAACUUAUCUCUCAAUGAUUGCUUCAAGAAGGUGCCCAGAGAUGAAGAUGACCCAGGAAAAGGGAAUUACUGGACUCUGGACCCAAACUGUGAGAAGAUGUUUGACAAUGGAAAUUUUCGUAGGAAGAGGAAAAGGAAGUCUGACAUUGGAUCCAGCACAGCAUCUCUCACACUUGAGAAAUCUGAAGACAGUGCCUUGAGUAGCAGCCCAAAGGCUACAGAGCACCAAGAUGUCUUGGAAAGCUCCUCACCUGGAAAUGACAGUUCACCUGAGAAACGGUCUCCUCCUCCGUCAUCUAGCAGCCCCUGUCUCAACAGCUUCCUCUCCAGUAUGACAGCGUAUGUUAAUGGCUCUAGCUCAGUGAGCCGAUCUGUGCCCCUGGGACUAAGCACUGAGCCCGCUGACAAAAUGGGACAGAACAUGGUAGGCUUUAAUUCAUACUCUCCACUUUCUAAUAUCCCAAGCCAUAGUCUGGGAGAGUGGUCCAAUUCAGUGCCUUCCGGCCACCUUGGCUACAGCAAUUCAGUGCUCAAUCAAUUCAACACACAUUUCUACAACAGUAUUGGUACAAAUACUACUUUGUAUCCUAGAGAGGGAACUGAAGUUUAAAUAAAAAAGAACUGCACAAAACAGAAGGGAAGGAUGGAUAUUUGAGAGGAAAGCUUCUGGGGUAGAUGGCUAAUGUUAGUGUGUUGUCUCUGGGACCUGCAGUAUAACCUGCUUCAGGGGCAGAUCUUAAGUUCCUGAAGUGUCUUGAAGCCCCAAACUUGCUACACAGAAGACUGACUCAA